CCCUGCAGACCACACAUAGUCAUCUCACUCGUGAGCUUUCGGUAACUUCACUCACUCGUAAGCAGUUUUGUGGCCCUUGCUUCAGUUUAGGUUCAGAGGUUGCUUAGUUCGAUUGGAAUAAUUAUUGUGCGCGGGGAAAAGUAACAAGUGAAUAUCCGUUGAUGUAGGUACUAUGUACUGCUAAAGAAUUGUGUUUAAACAUUUUCGUUUGCCUACAAAGAGAAAUAUUUUUCAAAUGUAACGAAAUGUAGAGGAUAAAAAAGGUGCAGUUUGCUAAACAUAUCGGAUAAUCGUACUGAAAAAAUACCUUCUUGAGUGUUGUAAAGUGGUAACAAAUAAUUAGAAAAAAAAAGAGUUUCUACCUAAAAGAAUUUCUAUAAAAGAAAGUGAAAACAAGUAUUUCUAGUUGAAAAGCAAAAAAAAAUCCAAAGUUAUAAAAGAAUCAUGAUUAAUCAAUUAGUGAAAAUAAAAUUUAUAAGUGUUCAUCUCAUUGUGAUUUCCAUCAUACUUCCGUCAGUGUUUGGUAUUAUCGAUAGGCUUGUGGUGCAAACGAGCACAGGACCGAUUAGGGGACGUUCUGUUCACGUACAUAAUCGCGAAGUUCAUGUUUUCAAUGGUGUUCCAUAUGCUAAGCCGCCCGUGGAUAAUCUGAGAUUCCGCAAACCUGUCCCAGUGGAACCCUGGCAUGGUGUUCUAGAUGCCACAAGAUUACCCUACUCCUGCAUCCAAGAACGGUAUGAAUAUUUCCCUGGUUUUCCGGGUGAGGAGAUGUGGAAUCCCAAUACCAACAUCUCCGAGGAUUGCCUAUACCUGAACAUUUGGGCACCUGUAAAAGGUCGGGUGCACCACAAUCACUUCCAAAGUCACGAAUCAACAUCAACAGAGCGUAAUGAACAUCAUCAUCACAACAAAUCCGCAGCCCUACCAAUGCUUGUGUGGAUUUACGGUGGUGGCUAUAUGAGUGGAACCUCGACCCUUGAUAUCUACAAUGCCGAAAUCCUGGCAGCCGUGGGAAAUGUGAUCGUAGCUUCUAUGCAGUAUCGUGUUGGUGCUUUUGGUUUCCUCUAUCUGUCCCCAGAUGAAUUCCCCUACCCAGAUGCUGCUCCAGGCAAUCAGGGAAUGUGGGAUCAAGUCCUGGCCAUAAGAUGGCUCAAAGAUAACGCUAAGGCCUUUGGGGGAGAUCCCAAUCUCAUUACUCUGUUUGGUGAAUCGGCUGGUGGAGGAGCUGUGAGCCUACAUCUGUUAUCUCCUGCAACUCGAGGUCUCGUCCGACGUGGUAUCCUUCAAUCUGGCACCCUCAAUGCACCCUGGAGUCACAUGACUGGUGAACGAGCUACGAGAAUUGGCAAAGCCCUCAUUGAUGAUUGCAACUGCAACUCAUCCCUACUUCAGGAAUCACCCGUGUUGGUGAUGGAGUGUAUGCAGAGUGUGGAUGCAAAAACUAUUUCAGUACAGCAAUGGAACUCAUACUCUGGCAUCUUGGGCUUUCCGUCUGCACCCACAAUUGAUGGUGAUUUUAUGCCUUAUGAUCCCGAAAUGAUGCUCCAGCAAGCUGACUUGACGGGUAUUGAUAUUCUUGUUGGCAGUAACAAAGAUGAAGGCACUUACUUUCUGCUGUAUGACUUUAUUGAUUACUUCUCGAAGGAUGUAGCAACUAUAUUGCCGCGGGAAAAGUUUCUAGAAAUUAUGAACACCAUUUUCAAUAAGGCAUCCGAAGCUGAAAGGGAGGCAAUUAUUUUUCAGUAUACGAGCUGGGAUAGUGGCAAUGAUAAUCAAAAUCAGCAGCAAGUUAGUAAAGCCGUUGGGGAUCAUUUCUUCAUUUGUCCCACCAAUGAAUAUGCCGAAGGAUUUGCUCAACAAGGGGCUUCAGUGUACUACUACUAUUUCACUCAUCGUACUAGCACUUCUCUCUGGGGCGAAUGGAUGGGUGUUUUGCAUGGUGACGAAAUUGAAUAUAUCUUUGGACAGCCUCUCAACCAUUCGCUACAGUAUCGUGAACGUGAACGAGCACUUAGUACUCAAAUGUUGCGUGCUUUUACUGAAUUUGCCAGAACUGGAAUACCGGAUUUAGAAGGAGAAACAUGGCCACAGUAUAGUAAGAACAAUCCACUGUACUAUAUAUUCAAUGCCGAAGGAACUGAACAAUUAUCAACGGAAAAAUUUGGACGUGGUCCAAUGUCAUCAUCUUGUGCUUUUUGGAAUCAUUUCUUGCCCAAAUUCCGUAGUUGGGCCAGACCAAAUUUGUGUGAAAACUUGAAUAUUGACGUCAACACAAUUUCAUCAGCUGAAAGGCCUAUGAUAUUUCCCAUGUGCAUUGUUGGAGCAUUAAUUGUCACAGCAAGUGAGUACUUGGGCAAGUGGUAACAAUGUUCAAAGACGAAAAUUUUACUUAAAACAAAAACACCCAAAACAGAGAAUUUGUAGGUACUAAUAUUUUGGGAGGGAGAAGAUACGUAUAUUAAUAAAAAAAAAAGAAAUAAAAAAAACUUUGAAAGAAAAUAUUUGAAAAGAUGAUAGAGGCUUGAGAUAUUUUGAAAGAAGUUUAGCUUAGGAAUUAAUAAUAGUGGAAUCUCUAUACAUAUCACGAAGAGACAUAUCACAAAAGAAACAUAUUAAAGUAUUUUAUAGGACAAUUUAAUGAAAGAAUAAUAAAAAAAACAUUGCUGUUUAAGAGAGUGGAAUUAUUUUAGAUAAAAUGUACACGCGCACAAGUAGACAGAAGAGACAUAAAACAAAGAGAUUGCACAUUUAUAAUUCUAAUAUACAGAGAACAAAACAAAAUACAAGAAUAUUAUAUUAAUAAUAAAAUUUAAAGAAAAAAAAACCUAGAGGAAAGAAUGCUUUAUGUUCCUAAACUAUUUGAGGGCGAAAAAAGAGAUUUUAGAAGCAUAUUUAUAGUGAAUAUAUUUAUAUGGCAAAAAAAGUGUUUUCUAAAAAAUAAAACAAUUAACCUAAAAGUGAAUAUAGUGGAUUAAAAUCUCCCCAGAUUGAUAAAUAAACUUUUAUUUUGUGGUCUCUAUUCUAUACACCAGAAAUUUUUUCACCAAAUGAAAAAUAUUAAAAUAAACAAAAAUAAAAACCAAUUGCCAAAGAUAGGAAGAGACGAAAAUGAAAAGCCUAAUAUGAAGAUGUGAAAAAAAACUUUAAAUGUAUUGAAUGAAGUAUUUUUUGAUGGAAUAAUAAUGAUCAAAUACUAUUUUUGUAUGCUUGUGGCUUUAAUACAUAUCAUAUUAUGAUAUUAUAUAUAUUUACUAAAUUAGAGAAAACUAAUUGAAGAGUUAAUACUCCCAAAGAAAAUGAAUUUUGUAAACGGCAAAUUUUGAAGAAAAUUUCCAAUUAUUGAAAAAAUUGCAUUACAAUGCGGUAGGUAUUUAUAGGGACAUGCUAUUUUUUCACACGCCUUUGAUAGAAAUUUACUAAUAACUAUAUUUAUUUUAUUGUGUAAGAAAAUGUCCAAAUAUUGCUCAAUAUCCUUUUCUUGAGACUUUUACUGAAGGUUUUCACUUUAAGCUAUUUGAUCAAAAUCUUUUAUUUUAAGGUUAUUUUGAGAAAGUGAGGUUAUAUUGAAUAUGAUCUGAUAAAUGAAAACGCAAACUUUAAAAUGUGUCUUCUAAGUACAAUCUGUAUCAAUCUAGAUCGGUGUCUGUAUUUACAGUCGAGUUCCUCAAAUUUGAACUCCUCAAAUUUGAACGACGGUUGAGUUCAAAAUGUAAAUUUUGAGGUUAUGUGAAGAAAGUUUUGCGUGGAGUGCCAUUUUUCUCUGGUAUUUCCGCAAUAUUAUCGUAUUAUAUUAACUUCCGAAACAAAUUCUAUUUAUUUCACAAUAAAUUACAUUGAUUAUAUUCUCUAAAGUUGUUUAUCUUAAUUUAGGGAAGGUGAAUUUCACAUGAAUUCCGUUACGUUUUUGAAAAUAUCGUUCAAAUUUGAGGAGUGAGAAAUGUCAUCUAUACCCCCCAAAUGUUCAAAUUUGAGGAACUCUACUGUAGUUAUUUCGAGAUUAUUUUGAAAAAGUGAGGUUAUAUUGAAUUUAGCCUAAAAAAUAAAAAUGCAAACUAUAAAAUUUCUCCGUCAAACACAAUCUAUAUUUGUCAGAACAAUUUUAUAGUUUGUGUUUUAAUUUAUUAGGUUAGAUUUAAUAUGAUCUAUUUUACUAAUGUCAAAAUAAAUAAAUACAGAUACAUAUCUAUAUUACAGAUUAACAAUGCAUUUAAAAAUAUUAAUAAGUUCAUUCAGAGGAAUUUGGAUUUAUAUCAAUUAAAGAAAUCAAAAAUAUAAGCAAAAAUACUUGGCUCUUUGUUUAUCAAAUAUCCUUUGAUUUGUUUGAGAUUAGGAACAACAUAACCUCACUUUCCCAAAAAGUAAUAAAAUCAGCCUCAAUAAUUCGCUCGUUAAUUCGCUCGUUUAAUAUUCGUUAAAUAUUUCGCUUCAUUUAAAAGCUUAAAGUAAUAAAUUCAUUCAGAGACAUUUGGAUUUGUAUCAAUUGAAAAAAUCAAAAAUAUAAGCAAAAAUACUUGGCUCUUUGUUUAACAAAUAUCCUUUGACUUGUUUGAGGUUAGGAACAACAUAACCUCACUUUCCCAAAAGGUAGUAAAAUCAGCCUCAAUAAUUCGCUCGUUAAUUCGCUCGUUUAAUAUUCGUUAAAUAAUUCCCUUCAUUUAAAAGCUUAAAGUAUUUAAAACUCGAUCAUAUUUAAAAGUAGGGAGAAGUGGGGCACCUUUGAAUUUGGAAUUUUUCUCCUAUGUUUAAGUGGAACUGAGCCAUAUCAAUGUAAUUUAACUUCUCAAUCUGAUUAUGCAGCUAAAUUAUAUCACGAUAAGACUCAAUUUUAUUUAAAAAUAGGUGAAAAAUCCCAAUUUCAAAUGUGCCCCACUUCCCGCUAUUAUAAUUUGUUGAAUUUCUAAAAAAUAAAAAACUGCACAUGAGUCAAAAGUCUCUCAGUAAUACCAAAAGAAAUCUUCUGGCCCUAUAAAGGCUUCUCGCACUGUAUAGUGGUGUAAUAAUCACAAUAGUUGUAGAAGUAUUAUACACUCUAUAUUUCUCCAUGGAGAAGAUGAUUGAUAGUCAAUUUAGAAUUUGUAAAAACAAUACAAGAAUUUUCGAAUAGGGCACCAAAAACUAUGAAUAUCCAGGUCUUGAGAGGUUACUGUGCCAUAAGUAUUGAUCUUUAUUUCUUUAUAUGGUUAGAAAUUUAUUUUGAAGUAUAUUAGGUUAUGCUGGACCUAACCUUAAAAAAGCCAGACGUUUUAUUCGUGGCAGAUACAUUAUUAAGAUAUUCUUUUCCGAAUAAACUUGUAGAAUAAAAACAUUUUCUUUUAUUCAAAAGUAUUAGUAUAUUUUUGGAGAUGAUUAAACUAAGAAGAAGAAAACUCUUGAAAUAUUUUAACAAAAUUUUAAGAUAUUUUAAAUUUAAGAAAAAAAAUACAGUUUUAUCUAUCCAAAUUUUUCUUUUGCAAUAUUACAGUAAAGAUUUAUCCACAUGUAAUUAAAUAUUUAUUCUAUUAAAAUUUUCUACAUCCAUCACAUUCUGUGAAUGGUUAGCGAACGAAAGCGUUCAAAGAUCUAACCAAUCAAAGAACGCGAGGAAAGUAAAAUAUUUCAAAGGACUAAUUAUUUAAUUACAUUUAGAUUUAUGGCGUUAUUAAGCCUCAUAAUCAUAAGGAAAUCUCUGGGUUUCACAAAAGUGGAAAAUGUGGAAAAAGUAAAGGUUAUAUAACCUCUAAAAACAUUACAAGGGCUACCGUUAGAGGAAGUUGGAAAUCCUAAUGAGAAAAUAAUAGUGCGCCGUGAAUGUGGUUCUUUUUAAAUGUGAGGUUAUGCUUGACAUAACCUCAAAACGUAAACACAUAAUAUAAAUUUUGGAAGUUAUAUUUCAAGUAGUUUAACUAUGUAUGGCUAUGCUACGUUUUUUUGCAAUUAGAUAUCUUUUUAACCUUAAAAAUAUCAAUGUAGAUAAAUUAGAACCACAAAAGUAUCUUUGUUUGAUUUCUUAAAAUUUCUGUGCUGCGAAUUUGAUUUUUAUUGUGUCAAUUCAUACUAAAUAUUUUUUGUGACAAUAUAUCGGCUGCAUCGACAGAUGUCGUAUCUGCAUAUAACGGAAGCAACGAUACAAACGUUGUCGCCUCUUGCGCGAAACGCUGAUACAAAAGAAAUGCACGUACGGUAGCAGUUGAUGCAACCGACCGGUUAGCUAAGUCAGGAUUUAAGAUUUGUCUAUGAGUCGGCUUAAACCUUUAUCGGUUCCACUGCAUCCAGGCCACUUAUUUGGGCCCAUUAUGCACUCCCCAUUAUUCCAUUCUAUCUUAACCCAUAAGGCGGUCCUCCAGCUCCAUAUCUUGGCUUCUGUAUGCCUUGGUUGGAUCAGUUGCAGUGAAUGUGUAUUUAUCGAUAGAUCUCUUCAGGCCGAUCUCGUUUCUGUACCAACCUCUCUUGUUUAGGCGGUUCAUUGUCAAUGCAUUGGCAUUACUUUUUCAUCCAUUCUCUGGACUAAUUCGAUACGGCUGCUGAAAAAUCUGCACCUGCCGAGUUUCGAACCCGAGACCUCACAGUUAUAGAGACACUACUCUACCAACUGAUUCACUGAGGCUCCAGCUAAGUUACUGAUAGUUCAGAUAUUAAGCUAUUUUGUAACACAAGAUAUUCUAGAUCUUUUUUAAAGUUUGACGAAUUUGACAUAACCUCACAUUCCGAACUCUACUCUUGAGAAAAUUAAGACAAUGAAAUUCGGUAUUUCAAAUGAUGUUUAAAUGAAAAAAGUAUUUCUUGGGAAAAGUAGAAAAGAAGAAUUUAGUUAUAUCAGAAACAUGCCUACAAGCCAAAUUGUAAACAUUUUUAAAAUUGUAAAAUAACCUCUGGGAUGAGAAUUUCUAAGAAUUUCUGAAAAAUCAUGCCCCUUAGUCUAUCAAAUAAUUACCACCAAUUCCACAUUGCUGAAAAAUAUCUUAAUAAAAUUUGCCACAAUAAAUAUUUCCAAUUCCUUUUAGGUUAGGUCCAACAUAACCUUACAUUCCAAAAUAACCUCUAUCUUGAACAUAAUUCAUGUUAAUCUAAUUUGUUAGUUAUCAAAAUUACUAUCGUGUCUUUUGGUAUAAUUUCAGGCUCCAUUUGGAGUCUCUUAGGUGCACGAAACUGCUUACGGAUUCCCUAAUCUUUAAUUUUCACAAAAUUAUAUUUUACAUUUUGGUGACACGCAAAAUUACAACGCGAGCAGUUUCGAAAAUUUCAAAACUUCAAGCAUUUUUGUAGGUUUCACGACGCAAACGAGAGAAACCAAAAAAAAACAAAAUUGAAAAAAAGAAUUGUGUGUGCAGAUGAGAAAGAAAAUAAAAAAUAAGAAAGGAAUAAAAAGUUAUAUUUUUACGAAAUUUGGCACAAAAGUCGCUGUACACUUUUUAAAUUAUACAAAAAAAAAAUAUCAAUGUGAAGUAGAUGUAAUUUAAAAAAAAAGAAAAGUGAGAUUCGUAAGAUCAAUUUUUGUAAUACUUUUUGGAGUCACAAUUUCUAUACAAGAAAAGAAAAAAGAAAAUUUACCUCUUAUGAUACUUUUGCAUUUUUCUAUACCUUAGAUAUAGUGGAAAAAAUUUGAAAAAAAAAUGCGUAAAAAAUUGUGUUUUUGAAAUCUUAUAGAAAGCGUCCGUUUCACGUGACAAUUUAUUAAAAAAAGAGACACCCAUCAGUUUAUGAGAUGAAUUGGUUAGUAAAACCAAAGAUUUUGACAUUAGAUAUAAAAUUUUAUUUUACGUUUUUUUUUUAAUAGAUAAGAUCUAGAGAUUGAAAAAAAAACCACUUAGAGAAAAAAUCAUUGCAAACCAGAAGCAUAUAAAAAAAAUAUUAACUGUAGUCUCUUAACGAGUUUUAUAGCCAUAUAAAAGACAGAUAACUAAAAAUCAAUAUUCUCAAGAUUUACCCAUAAAGAGCAAAAUAUAUAGCAUUCUAAUAGAAGAGAUAAUAAAGCGCGUAUUAUAAAGAGAAAAACAAAUAUUGAGAAACUUAGGUUAAUUGUGGAAAAAAAACUACUAAUAAAACUUACAUGAUAAGGUAUAUAAGAUAAAAAAGAAAAUCUAUAAAUGAAUGUGUUACAGAAGCCUCAAAUUUGUGCUUUAGAUGGUGAUCUAUAAGAGGAAGCCAUAUAAAAAAAAUAAUUAUUCUCACGAAAACGCAUUAAAAAGUAGUUCUGCAGAAGCACAGACAAUCUAAAAAAAAAAUGACAAAAGAAAAUGAAGAAAAAAUUGUUAGAAUAAAUCUAAGGACUAAUUUAUAUUAAAUAACUUCAAAUUUUGUGCAUCUCUUCAUGAGGUCAAAAUGCUUAAGAAGAGAGUCUUUUGCCCCCAAAAUUUUCGCCCUCAGUUCAAUUGGUUCCUGAACUGAGUUGCAAAAAUAGCAUAGACUCUAUUCUACCAUAAAACCAUUUUCCUCUCCUUGCAAAAAUAUCACAAUGUGGCAAAAUUUAAUUAGCAGAGUUAUCAGGAUGCAAAAUUAAAAAAAAAAACAAAUAAUAAAAGUGAUUUUUGGUGAUUAAAAUAAAUAAAUUAAGGUACAUAUUUUUGACGGAGAAUACUCACUUUAUGUGUGAAUUCUGUAUAAGCAGAAAAAUAAUGUCUUUUAGAUGAAAAUGCAUAAUUAUUACCUUGUCCAUGUUGUGCAAAACAUAUCAGAGUUUAAUAAAUAUGGUAGUUAAAUAAAGUCAAAAGCCAAUUGCUGCAAAAAAA